AUGGAUUCGAGAAGGCCGUCGUCGUCGACCACCGGGUUCUUCCAAGCGCUUCCCGCCGUGCCGCAGCAAUACACAGCGUCUUCGUCGCGACACGAAACAUCAGAUGAUGUCGUUUUCUCACGAGCCCUGUCCCUCUACCUCCCGGACCCGCUGCCGAUCUCUCUCCAGAACCAUUUCCACGAUUUUUCACGCCUCGUCCUCGAACCGUCGACCCUCCAGCACACGAUCGAUUGUGAUACGGACCUGCCGACACUCCACCCACUGACCACUUUUGGCGAAGAGAACAAAGUCAAUCCCCUCCGCACGAGUGAGGGAUGGCGAGCCCUGAAGCAGAUCCAGACGCGCGCGGGCGUGGUCGGAUACGGAUAUCCCCAGCCCACCUUCAAGCAGGACUUCAACCGACGGGUUCACCAAUUCGGCACUCUCCACCUCUGGCACGGUACAUGCGCAGUGACCACUUGUCCUAUGGCCAUGACUGAUGGGGCGGCUGUGCUGUUACGUCGACAUUUCGACGACCCAGAUGGAGAUCAGCCCGGUCGCGGAGCUGUGUUCCGUGAAAGCCACCGCCGUCUGGUGUCUUUGGACCCGACGACUGCCUGGACCAGUGGACAGUGGAUGACGGAACGCAGCGGCGGAAGUGACGUGCGAGGCACCGAGACCGUCGCACGUCGGAUGACUGCGCAAGAAGUGCAGAACGAUGUCAAUGCCGGUCGAGACAAAGACGCACAUGGACUCCCUCUCGGGCCCUGGAUUGUGGACGGGUUCAAAUGGUUCUCCUCUGCCACCGAUGCCGAUAUGGCCGUUCUUCUGGCGCAGACUAGCAAAGGGCUGAGUGCGUUCUACGCUCCUCUCCGCCGAAGCACGGGCAGUCGGACCCGACCCCCUCUCUCGACCGAAACAAACGGCAUUCGCAUCCAACGCCUCAAGAACAAACUUGGCACGAAGGGCGUACCCACCGCCGAGCUCGAGCUCAAGGGCAUGCGCGCCUACCUCGUCGGCCAGGAAGGCCAAGGCAUCAAGGAAAUCAGCUCCAUCCUGAACAUCACACGGCUGCACACCGCAAGUGCCGGCGCGGGCUACUUGGCGAGAGGGUUGGCAGUGAGUCGCGCAUACACGCUCGUCCGCAAAGUCAGAGACGGACAACUCCUGCGCGACAACGCGCAGCAUCUGGCCUGGAUGGCCGGCGAAAGCGUCAAGUAUCGCGCCAACACACACCUGGUCCUGUUGGGGGUGGCGCUGCUGGGCGCCACAGAACAAGACUACGGCGUGGUGACACGACAAACCCGCGGCGCCGCGACACUCAUCCCCCGCGCGAAGGAGAAACAGGAGAUGCUGCUCCGUCUGCUCACGCCCGUGAUGAAGGCGCAGGUGACCCUGAACAGCGUCUCAGGCUUGCACGCCUGCAUGGAGUCGCUCGGCGGCGUCGGUUACUGCGAGAACAACGAGGACGGCGGCGUGAUGAACAUCGCCCGCCUGUUCCGCGAUAGCGUGGUCGGCACCAUCUGGGAGGGCACCACGAGUGUCAUGGCCGAGGACGUGCUACGCGUGGUGGCGAACCCCAAGACACAGAAGACCGGCCGCGACGUCCUCGACGAGGUUCUCGGCGAGUGGAUGCGGAAUGUGCUGAGUGCGAUCCAAAGCUCACCGAAGCGAGGCGCUAGUUUCGCUCUGGAGUGCGACAUGACCGCGAACCGUUACCGGGCGCUUCACGAGCUGGUCCGGACGGCCGACGCGCUCGACCUGCAGCGCCGCGGCAGGGACAUCCUGGAGCACAUCGAGGCCGUGACGUGCGCGUGUCUGCUCAUGUUCGACGCCGCCACCACCGAAGAAGGAGACGAGGUCGCGGCGGAGGUCGCGCGGCGCUGGGUCAGGAUGCACGCGCUGCCGGCCGACCAGGUGGCGAAGAAAUCACAGAGCGAGGGGAUCCCCAGUCCCAGUGGUGACCGGUCCAGGGAGAUCGACAUGGAUCGGAGGAUCUUUCUCGGCUCGGCGGCGGCGGACGCUCCGGACGCGACGAUACGGGCCAGACUGUGA